AUUAGUAUAUGUUGCUGUUGUUGUUGAACAGUAAAAUUGGGAAUUAGCAGAGGAUACAGCUCAUUUCUAUCGUUUCUAGGAGCCAGAAAUAGACCUCAGGCUUUAUUUAGCCAAAGAGAAUAUACAGUCAACGGCCAACAAAUAGCCACCCAUAGUUUGCCAUGAAUAUCCGGAUACCAUAAACAGCAAGUCCCCACCAUCAGAUUCUUUCCAUGGUCCUUCCCUUCCUACUUAUAUUUAGUCACCAACCCCACCAUGCAUCAUCAACAUACCUUUUGGCAGAAGCACUAAGAGAACUUACAUCACCUUUCAAUGGCAUCAUCGCCUCUAUCAUGCUCAGCUUCUGACCUCUACCCCCUUCUGGGCGAUGGUGCCAAUGCCACGGCUGCUGCUGAGUUCAUUUGUGGCCGUUUUGAGGCUAUCUCAAACAAAUUCGUUGAUACAGGAUACGCAGUGGAUAGCACGUACCUUCUUUUUUCUGCGUACUUGGUUUUUGCAAUGCAGCUUGGCUUUGCCAUGCUCUGUGCUGGUUCUGUCCGAGCAAAGAACACGAUGAACAUCAUGCUGACGAAUGUUCUUGACGCUGCAGCCGGUGGUCUGUUUUACUAUACUUUUGGUUUUGCUCUUGCUUUUGGCUCACCAUCAAAUGGAUUCAUUGGCCAACACUUCUUUGGCUUGAGCAAGUUCCCAUCGCCAUCGUUUGAUUAUAGUUAUUUCCUGUAUCAGUGGGCUUUUGCUAUAGCAGUAGCAGGAAUCACAAGUGGUUCUAUAGCAGAAAGAACUCAGUUUGUUGCUUAUUUGGUAUAUUCUUCUUUCUUGACUGGUUUGGUUUAUCCUAUCGUCUCACAUUGGUUCUGGUCCGCGGAUGGCUGGGCUAGCCCUGCAAGAGCAGAAAAUCUCUUGUUUGGUUCUGGUGUUAUUGAUUUUGCUGGUUCUGGUGUGGUCCAUUUGGUUGGUGCUGUUGCUGGUUUGUGGGGUGCCUUCAUUGAAGGUCCCCGUAUCGGCCGGUUUGAUCAUGCUGGUCGUGCUGUUACUCUCCGUGGACACAGUGGCACAUUGGUUGUUUUAGGUACUUUCUUGUUGUGGUUUGGUUGGUAUGGAUUCAAUCCUGGUUCUUUUAUCAACAUCUCGAAAAGUUAUGAAAGUGGUUCUUAUUAUGGACAAUGGAGUGCUAUUGGUAGAACUGCUGCGACCACAACUCUAGCAGGCUGCACAGCUGCACUGACCACUCUAUUUGGCAAGAGGUUGGUAGCUGGUCACUGGAAUGUUACUGAUGUUUGCAAUGGCUUGCUUGGUGGGUUUGCUGCCAUAACUGGUGGGUGCUCCGUUGUCGAUCCAUGGGCUGCAGUUCUUUGUGGUUUUGUCUCUGCUUGGGUUCUUAUUGGGUGCAACAAGUUGGCUGAGAAGUUCCAUUAUGAUGAUCCCUUGGAGGCAACACAACUUCAUGGAGGGUGUGGUUCUUGGGGGAUUAUAUUUACUGCAUUGUUUGCAAAGGAGGCCUAUGUUAAUGAGGUUUAUCCAGGUCAACCAGGGAGGCCAUAUGGGCUGUUUAUGGGAGGUGGCGCCAGGCUCUUAGCUGCACAUAUAGUGCAGAUUUUGGUGAUUGUGGCUUGGGUGAGUGUCACUAUGGGGACAGUGUUUUUUGUUCUGCAUAAGCUGAAGCUUUUGAGGAUCUCAGCAGAAGAAGAGAUGGCAGGAAUGGACUUGACAAGCCAUGGUGGGCUUGCUUACGUGUAUACUGAUCAUGAAGACGAAGUAAAAAAGCAGCUAGGUGUUGUUUGAGAAAGAUGAAGAUUACCAGUGGGAAGUGGAAAGUCUUUGGGCAUGAUUGCACAUUGUUUCGGUGGAGUUGAUUCCAGGGCAAGUCUACUUAACAUGCGUGGGUGGAGUUAGAACUUAAAAAUAGCAUUCCAAUUGCUUUAUACAAUUAAUAUAGAUUUCGAAUAAAAUAGGAGUAUUUGAGAUGUCCCUUCUCAUC